AUGUGUCUUAACCAAAGAGCUAAUCCUCGUUAUGAGAGAGGUGCGUGGGAGUUUGUGAGGUGUGUUGGUGCAGAUUUAGCAGAGUGUGAGUUGAUCAUUUGCCCAUGCAUAGACUGUCGCAAUGUAGAUCGUCACUCAGCCGAUGUUGCUGUUGAUUUUAGCAGAGUGCAGUGUAAUCUAAGUGAGGUUGCUGAAGGUGAAGAUAAAGAAGAAGAUGAGUUUCUUGCAAAGCUAGCAGAUGCAGAGACAUCUUUGUAUCCAAGUUGUGCUAACCAGAGCAAGCUGUCGGCGAUAAUGCUACCCGAGGAGAAUGUCUUGCACACAUCCUUGUACGAAGUGAAAAGGUUUCUGAAAUCUUUUGACAUGGGCUAUGAGAAGAUACACGCUUGUGUGAACGACUGUUGUCUGUUCAGAAAGGAGUUUGAGAAGCUAGACAACUGUCCGAAAUGCAAUGCUUCAAGAUGGAAGAUUAACAUGUGCACAUGUGAUGUGAAGAAAGGUAUUCCACAGAAAGUUCUGAGAUAUUUUCUGAUAAUUCCACGUCUGAAGAGGAUGUUUAGGUCAGAGGAAAUGGCGAAGGACUUAAGGUUGCAUUUUAGUAACAAGAGCACUGAUGGAAAAAGCAAACAUCGAGUAGAUUCUGUUACUUUGCAUCAAAUGAAUGACAAAUACCCAUUAUUUGCUGCUGAAGAAAGGAAUCUUAGGCUUGGACUGUCCACUGAUGGGUUCAAUCCUUUUAACAUGAAGAAUGUGAACUACAGUGCUUGGCCGGUUUUGCUAGUGAAUUACAACAUGUCACCUGAGAAGUGUAUGAAGGAGGAGAACAUCAUGUUGUCAUUGCUGAUUUCUGGUCCAACCCAACCUGGAAAAAAUAUUGAUGUGUACUUAGAACCACUUAUAGAGGAUCUAAACCAUCUGUGGGAGCAAGGAGAGGUCACGUAUGAUGCAUUCAGUCACACCACUUUCAAGUUAAGAGCAAUGCUUCUCUGGAUCAUUCAGGAUUUUCCUGCUUAUGCAAAUCUUGCAGGGUGUAAGGUAACGGGCAAAAUGGGAUGUCCUGUGUGUGGGAAAAACACAGAUAGUAUGUGGCUAACUAAUUGCAGGAAGCACGUAUAUAUGUCCCAUCGGAAAGGUCUACCUCCGAGACAUGCUUGUCGUGGAAAGAAAUCAUGGUUUGAUGGGAAAGACGAGCAUGGAAAAAGGAAUGAUUUUGGAAAUGUGAAAGUAACUGGAAGCAAGAGGAAGAUUAUAGAGCCUGUUGGAUCAGAGUCGGAUGAUGAUUCCAGUGAAUCAGAGGAAGAGGAAGAAGCAGUAGAUGAGGAAGAGCUAUCUAGAUGGACAAAGCGGUCAAUAUUUUUCAAGUUGCCUUAUUGGGAGGAACUCCCGGGUAAACACAAUUUAGACGUGAUGCACGUCGAAAGAAAUAUUGCUGCAAGCCUUAUCGCAACGUUGCUGCAUUGUGGAAAAUCAAAAGAUGGACUUAACGCUCGAAAAGAUCUUGAACUGCUUGGCAUUAGGAAGGAUUACAUCCUCAACCCCGUGGGAAAAGAACUUACCUUCCUCCGGCGCCUUGGUCUUUGUCUAGCAAAGAGAAGAAAAUAUUCUGCAAGCGUCUAUCUGAAUUUCGUGGUCCGGAUGGUUACUGCUCAAAUAUAUCAAGGGCUAUUACCUAAAGGUGUUAGGAUAGCUAUGGGACGCCUGUGUGCUUUCUUCCAUCACCUUUGUCAGCGAGUUAUUGAUAGAGAGAAAAUUGAGAUUAUGGAAACAGAAAUUGUGGAAACUCUAUGCACGUUUGAGAGGUUAUUCCUCUAA